AUGCUUCCAAGUGCUUCCAUCCUCCUCACCGUGAUAGCUGCCUAUGCAGUAAACGCUGCUCAAAAAUGCGCAGUUACUAUGCCGAUGGAAGGGACAAUAUGGAAAACGGGAGAAGAGGUGACCAUUGGAUGGAGCGGCGUUGAACAAGACAACAUCCCAUCUAUCACCUUGGCUCAAAAAUAUGCGGAUGGUACAUACAAUGAUGUGGCCAAGCUAGUCACUUCAGUGCCUGCUGCUCCUCGAAAGUAUUCAUUGAGGGUUCCUUCCAAUGUUGUUUCGUCAGAUGAUUAUGUUAUUCUUCUUGGUGAAGCUCAGGAUUUUGAUUGUGCAUCUGGUGUUUUGGCUAUACAUAAUGUUGGCAAUGUGGUUCCAGUGGAUCAAGUAUCAUCAUCAGUGGAACCCGUAGGAGUUGGCACCACACCACUAUCCAAGGCAACUAGCACACAAGCAUCCGCCCCCGCCGCCAAUACUAACAAUGGUGAGGCACAUGAUGCAUCGCCAAAAACACGAUCUGCAACAAAUCCAUCAAGCCAACCCAGCCAUUCGAAGCCAGUGGUUGAUUCGAUGCAAACGAAAGGUCCUUCAUCAUCAGCAAAUGGUAUCACGCCAAUGUGUGUUUGGGUCACUGCAAUUUGUAGUGUUGUUGUAGGAUCUAUUUUGGACGCUUUAUUAUAG